AAUUUUCAGCUCUAAGAAAGCGACAAUCAAAAGAGCGCCUGUAUUGUUUGGUGGAUUUGGAUUGGAGCGAUAAAAUUUGCAACAAAAGAGCGUUUCUGUAUAUUUAUUUUGAUUUUAUUCAAUGCUUUUGUAUGAUUUUCGCCUGCUCUUCUUAAGUAUGGUUAACCUAAUGUAAAAAAAUAUAACUGUCUCAACUCCGCCGUCCCUUUCGCCGCACGGCGGCGGCGCUGAAGUCGCUGAUAUCUCAAGCUGGAACGAAUGGUUUAUGGAAGGGCUACAGCUCAAGGGACGACCGGCCAGUUUCGAUGAAACCUGGAUACCUUUUCUCUGAAUAGUGGAUUCACUAUGUCAUCAAUGAGCAUAAGCAGAAAAGCUCUGGAAUCCACCCCCACGUCACCGGACAGCACCACGGUUCCAUCCAAAUUCGUCGACGGAGAAGAGGUGUUCUCACAUGCCAAGGACGGUCGGUUCUACUUGGGAACGGUUGUUGAGUCGGACGAGGCCCGCGCGCGCUGCCUGGUGCGGUACGCGGACGGCACCCAGGCGUGGUCUCAGUACAGGAACGUGUCGCGUCCGCGGCCGCUGGACGAGCCGUGCUGCAUGUGUCGGAGCGCCGCCACGGCCGCCGACAAUGAGAUAGUGCACUGCGUCGUCUGCCGCCUGCCGUUCCACCAGCGCUGCGUACAGCCCAAGUUACAGCUGAUAGCGCCCGGCUGGUCAUGCGAAGAGUGCCGAGACAGUCGGCCCAAACACAUUGCUAGUCACGACAACAUGAAGCUUGUUACCAAUGAGCACAAGAAAACACUGCCAUAUAGUCUCUCGUCUCUGACAUGGAUGUCGGACCACAAAGUGAACCGGGAGCAGACGUACUGUUACUGCGGCGGGCCCGGCGACUGGUUCAACAAGAUGUUGCAGUGCUUCCAGUGCCGACAGUGGUUUCACGAGGUGUGCAUCGAGUGUCUGCAGUACCCGCUGCUCAGCGGCGACCGGUACCACGUGUUCGUGUGCGCCGUCUGUAACGACGGCACCGAACUGGUCAAGCGGCUCGACAUCCGCUGGCAGGAGGUGGUCCACCUGGCCCUCUUCAACCUGACGGUGGCCUCGCAGAAGCGCUACCACGACCUGGACCUGGCGCUGCUGCCCUGGAUCGACGAGCACUGGGACGUCCUCCAGGCGCCCAUUUACCUCCAGACAGUGCCAAUCAAGCUGCGGCGCGGCGAGGUCCUACGCGUGCUGCAGGACUCCAAGAACAAGUCGGCCUUCCAGUCGGGCCGCGAGCACAAGAAGCGGCCCGGUCUGUGGAGUCUGCGCGUGAAGGCGCCGCCGCCGCCGCCCACAGUGGACCUGCGACUCAGCCGGCCCGUCACCGAACACUCGCUCAAGGCGGUGCGCGUCCACUACUCGAGCAGCAGGAAGAGCAAACAGAUCACGCCUGUGAAGCUGAAGCGGAAAAUGGCCGAGGAGCCGAAGUGCCGCUCGGAGCCAGUCGUCACGCCGGGGGGUGGCGUCUACCCGCCGUACGGCGCCGUCAAGAAGCGCGCCACCACCGAGUGCCCCGGCUCCCGGUACCCGUUCAUGAACGGCCGGUGCUCCCACUCGGAUGCCGAGUCGCCGCCGCCGCCGCCGCGGAUGUUGCGGACGCGCGCUCCACCGGCGCCUCCGCAGCAGCCGCCGCCGUCCGCGGCGCCCUCCCGGACUCCGAGCACCAGCGAGCGGACCAGUCCCGGGUCCUCAGAGACCGGCGCCGCCUCCGAGCCCGCCCCGCCCCCCUCCGUCAGCAAACGGGGACGGAAACUGCGGCCGGCGGUAAAGACGGCGUCGGCCUCCGGCUCCGUGGAGACUUCUAGUGACGAGGCGUCUCGCGGCGGCACGCUGGACGCCCUCAUACCGCCCUCGUUCAACUUCGACGGCCUCAACAACCCGUUCUCUGGCCUGAUUGGCACCGUGGUCACCCGCCAGCUUAGCGAGAAGGACAUCCGCAUCAGCAAGACGGGCGAGGUGCGCCGCCGCCGGAAGCGCCGCCUGCGCCGUCUGCCGGUGCCGCCGACGUCGGCCGCCGCCGGCUGGGCGGACGUGGGCGCGCUGUUUGGCGCGGCGGCCGGCGGCGGGCGCGGCGCGCGUGCUCUGCUCGCCCGGCGCACCUCGCUCAGCGGAGAGGUCCAGUACCUAGUGGAGUGGGAUUCGUGACCCUGUGGUGGGACAGAGAGGCUCAGAGUGAUCACCGACCUGCUCCCGUACCGGGCGGUCGCCUACCUCUCUGACGGUGGCCGCCCGGUGGUCGGGGGCGGUCCGUUUGUGAUGGGGAAGGUUACAGGAGGAGAGGUGAAUUAAUUCACCGGUACCAGUCAGUCCCACUGUCAGGGCAGGCUCAGCUCAGUGAUAGCUGGCGUCGGAACAGCCUCUCACCGAGGUCCGCAAUCUGUCCAUGAGCGUGGAUCUGGCUGUGUGGUAUCUGCACAGCCCGAAUCUGAAUUCCCGCAACUGACCGGCGAGUUUUGUGGAACUCGGCCGCCGCCGGCCCGCGGCCUCUGGUCUCCGGCCGGGCGCGGGCCGGUUAACCGUAACACGCUUACAAACGCUGCACCGUCAGCCUCAUCAGACAUCCACUGCCGAUAUCAGGGUAUUUUUCUAUUAGCUGGUAGUAACAGCUGCUGUACUGUACAAAUGGGGCGGGCGGUCGGCGAGCCGAGCCCGCCCCCGUGCCGGCCGGCGUUUUGAUGCUAGAUGACACUUUUACCGAAACGCGUGCUCGCGUGUGGUGCAUUCCGUGGGGUCGAGACGCGCCACCUCGUGCUCGUAUAGCUGUCCGAGUGGCGCCGUUGUUUGGGAUGUGUGCAUGGGUGCGUGUGCGUUGGUUGCCCGAGGCACUGCCCGGGAGCAAUCGUCUGAUGUAUGGUGACUCAUUGUUUUCUCGCCAAAGAAAUACACGUGUUGAAUGAA